AUGGGUACCGAAGUUGAGCCUGGCGAUGGCGAAGCCGAAGCCAACGUCGGCAUAUCCGAUGAAAAUGUGGAACCAGUUGCUCUGGAGCAUUCAGAUGCCGCCGAAUCUUAUCGCACUGAGCAUGGAGAGGGUUCCCUUCUGCAAAAGAAUAGGCUAGCUCUACCCGCAGCAUCAGCGGUUGCGAUUUUGCUUAUCUUUACGUUACUCAUCAAAAGGCGUUUGUUUCGCAAAUCCGUUUCUCCCCUUGAUGAAACACGGGCCAAGUACGACUCGUGGGGAUUGCCCAUGCUAGAGCAUUUUGAAAAUACUCUCCCCGAAGAGCUGAAACUCGAAAGAAAUGCGAUUGCCAUGGCAGCUGCGCAGGCGUACACGGACGAGUACGCCCCCCCUGUUGUUCCUGCGCAACUACAGAGUGUAGUGGCUUCGGCGUUGUCUGGUGGUCAAGCAGACUCCUUGGUGGGGCUGACCGUGGACUUAGAAGACGUGAUGCCAUCUGCACCAGAUGAAAAGGGCGAAGCUCUUCCUCGGAGACUUGAGAUACUCGGUGCUGUGGGUUUCGAUUCAGGGGGCGUACUCCAGCAGCCGAUUGCUGUGCCGGUGUACACCGCCAAUAUUGCGGGAGCCCAGGAGGCAACCCUUGUCAAUGAAUGUUACGUCUUUCGAAGAGUUCAGCUUAUGGAGAGGCUACAAGGGAAUAUAAUGUCGCUGGACCUACAAAGCCAAGUUCUUUCUCAGUCCAAGGAUUACACUGCCAGCCGUUUGCUUCAGAUGGUUCUCAAGCUGCAGGAAGCAAGAAUCAGCAGCGCGAAUCUCGACUGGAAUACACUCCUUGUACGAUUUGACGGCACAUUUGUCUUGGAAACGUUUCACUCCUCUGGGCCCUUUGGGUCUGCGCUCGGGGCCUUUGCAGUGUUGAUUCCCCAUAGGAUGGAGCCUCAGCUGGCCCUGUCGUAUUCUGAAUCCAAGCAGUCGGGAAAUCCGAUAGUGUUUCAUCCCAGCUGUGACAUGUGGUCCCUCGGAACACUUCUUUACGAGCUAUUUACCGGGGAGCUUCCGUAUAACUCAGAUUCCUGCACCGAGAUGGAACAAGCAAAGCAGCUAGCAGAACAGCUGCUAACAACACAGACGCGGUCCGAAGUGUUACGCGCUCGUCUAGACGCUGCAGACGUCUCACAGAGAUGGAAAGAGCUCACAUUGCGGCUACUGGAGCCCAACAGAGCCCAUAGGAUUACCUCUAUGGGGAUUAUGCAGGAGUUCCCUGAUCUAGCGCGACACAUUACCGCUGAAGCGCGUACGUAG